UUACGCACUCUGCUUAGAAAAAAAUGCCUUUAAACCCCACAAGGAACCUCUUUAAACCCCUCUCUAUCUCUCUCCUUCUACCUUUCUUUUCUCUUUAAUAUCUUUGCAUGCUUCUCUUACUGUGAAUCUAUUGGUCUUUAAUGGAUUUUAAAUUUCCGCUCACAUAAAUCUUUACUUCCGGAGUCCACGCUUAUUUUCUUAUUUGUUUCUUUAUGGAAGGAAAUGGAACCCCGUGGGGAUUGAAUUCAGUUUCAGUUUUAGUUCCUGUCGAGAUCAUGAACACUGUUCCCUCAAAAACUUUUUCUUAUUUCUCUUCUGAUCCUCUUUGCUCUUGCAUUAUCACUCUUUCUACCCUAAUUCUCCUCUAUUUCCCUCACGCUCUCAAAGUCCUCUUACCUGUUCUGAUUUUAACUGUGCUUCUCUUGCUCUUUCUCCUCCGCCUCGGCGCCAUCCAGAGAGUCCAUACUCGAAACCUGGAGGAAAUUGAGAAUGAAGAGACCGCUGAAAUAAAGGAAAACAGGGACGAUAAUUUCGAUAAAGCAGAAAAAUCUGUUUUCUUGGCCAAUGUUGACAAAUGGGUCGCAUGCCACGCUAAAGCGAAUUUCGAUCCGAAUCCGAAAUCAAAUUUUGAAGAGACGUUCGUUGGCUGGAACGUAAGGGCGCCAUUGGAAGUGAUAUACGAGGCCUACGAAGGUGAAGAAGAGGACAAAGAGGAUUCGAAUGAGAAGAAUCAGGAUUUUGAUCCUGCCGGGAGCUUGUCUCUGGAGAGAUACCCAUCUUUGUCAAUGUACUAUCCGGAAACAGACUCGGAUAGUUCCUCCGACGGCAAUUUACCGAUGAAUGGAGGAUGGGAUUCCCCUGAAAGCGUUUGCUUUAGAUGGGAAGAGGAAGAUAGAGCAGGGUUACUGAUAGAGAUAGCUCUUGGUAACAAUAACAGGAAGCAUUCGUGUUUUGAUUUUCAGGCUGAAGAAGAUAAUUUGAUAGAAAUUGAUAUAUCUCCCCCCAGAAACGAUGCCUUCAGGUGAGAUAUAAUUAGGCCCAAAAAUAAAAAAUGACGUGUUUGAUUUGAUGCGCCAGGUCUUGAUUAUGGUUAAUGUGGAUUAAUUAAAAAGCAGUUAGUAAGGAAAUUGUGUUUAGACUUUAGAGUCCUGUUGGAUUUUUUUUCUUUUUUUGGAUGAUAAGCAAAUUAGCGUUGUAUAAACCGAACCGAUGACAAAAGCACACAGUUAAUCACUAAA